UGAAGACAACUUGUCGAUUUCGAUACCGUCCGCCACCGGGGAGCAGUUAGUCUCUCUGUUCAUUCCACCGGACUAACAACUGCUCCGCUUCGGAAAGGUAUUGACUCUUACAGCGUCGAAGUAACGGCUACAAGAUGGAUGAUGGUGCUGCAUCCACGGGCGUCAUUGUGAAGAACAAACCGGGCGCAAAACCGCUGAACAUCGUCGACGACUUCAAUCGGCGCAAGAUGACGCUCUACAAGCACUGGGUUCGCCCACAGUUCUUGCAGUACAACUACAUGUACGACUACCGUGUCAACUACUACGACGACGUCAUCAACUAUCUGGACCGGCGAUCGCGAGGCGUCCAGUCGGAGAUUCCGCGCCCGCAAACCUGGGCCGAACGGGUCCUGCGAACGCAGAGAAGUACCCCGCGGGACAUCAACGAUGUGUACAACUACACCAACAUCGGGCUGAAGAGAGACGACAAGAAGCUGAUGUACACUCUAAGUAAUCAGAUCAAGUCGUACAACUGCCACUCGAAGGCUUACACUAACAGAAAGUACCGCAAAAUCCUGUAAGACAGGCCCACAGGCUACCCACGGUACCGGGGCUGCCGCACGUGCUUUGUUUCCACGCAGCACACGGGAAGCCAGAGCUUAACCACCAGUCUAAUAACCAGCCAUGGCCAUCAGCGCUCAGCUAACAACCCGUCCCUGCAGAAGCCGUCAGUAGUUUGCACACUUACAUGCUUGUUUUUUUAUUAAAAAGAAAAAAAACGCGAUAAGCAAUCGCACGUCGACGCCCCCCAGCCGCCGGCAGAAGGAAAUCGGAAGCCGUAAGAAAAGAAAAGACACUACAAAAAAAGCAAAUCAAAGUACAUUAAAAAAAACAGUUAAUAACAAAAAAAAACGCAAAGAAAAAAGUCUGCAACCCGAACCGCGAAUGUCCUUUCGCCACACGUGCGCUCGGCGCUCACCCAGCAACAACA